UGUAUUCAAUGUGCAACCCCAUCAAAAUUACACAUACGCAAAAAACGAGCCUGGAUUGUGGAUUCACUGUCCAUGGAAGAGGAGCACACUGGUCCUUUCCCAUAUAAACUAGGAGAUUUAAAUAUUGAGAAGAAAGUUAUCGAAGAGUACUCCAUUCAUGGACAGGGCAUCGACAAAGACCCCAAAGGGAUUCUCUCUGUGGACAGAAAUGGGUCCGUUUAUGCUCAUGGAAAAGUUGACUAUGAGGAGUACAAGAGACUGAGAAUCACACUUUCUAAAAAACACACAAUAGUCGCUGUGGAUAUUGAUAUCAUGGAUGUUAACGACCACGCUCCUGUUUUCAAUCGAGAUGUGUAUGAGCUCACAGUAGAUGAAUCAACACCACAAGGUAAGCCUCUGGUCACAGUGCUGGCCACCGACAACGAUCAGCCUGGCACAGCGAACGCUCAGUUUACUCUGAGCAUCGUCUCAGUGUCUCCCUCUGCCUCCAGUGCACUGUUCUUCAUUCAGCAGAGAACAGGAGAGCUGACAGGAACCAUCUCUUUCAAGGGAUCCCUUGAUUAUCCGGAGACCCAGAAAUACACGAUUCUGGUUGAAGCGAAGGAUCAUGGGGAGAAGAUGCAGCUCUCCAGCACAAGCACAGUGAUUCUGAACCUCAUCGGCAAACACAACCAACUCACAGAGAGAACAAAAGAUGGCGGUGAUUCCUCAGUAUUCAUGAAACAAGUGGGUGUAACGGAGAGAAAGGAGACUGGACCGAUGCUGGAUGCCAACAAACUGGCCAUGUGUCUGUCUGAGGAGAUGGUUGAUAUUACAGCUAUCAAUCCAGACCUGUACAGCCCACCCUUACACUUCCAGCUGACUGGAGACAUCCAGGGCAAAUGGAGGCUUCAGUCUAACUAUGGUCCAUCUGUGAGACUGAUCAAAGAGAGCGCUGUACGUGCAGGAGAUCAUGAAGUGACCCUGGAGAUCUCUGACAGUCAGGGCCAGCAGUCCGUCCAGACGCUCUCGCUGCGUGUGUGCGACUGUGAUGUUUCUGCACACUGCACUGCGCUCAGAAACCCAACAAUAAAGCUGAACGCCGCUGCCAUCGCUGUCUUAAUCAUCUGCAUCCUGGUGCUGCUGGACAGAGCUUUACUUCAGAUGAACUCCUCGAGCCAGAGCUGGAUCUCUGGUGCUGCUGGACGUCAGCGUGUCACUGAAUGUGUGCUGAAAAUAUAG